AUGGCCCAUGCAGGCCUUGUUUUAACCCUAACUCUCCUCUUUGGCCUCGCCAAGCUCCUUCAAAACUACUGGCGUCCCAUCCAAUGGGCAAUCCUUUGUUCCAUGCCCCUACGUGAGCUUCAAACCCUAAUUGUUUCCUUCUGGUCACACCCUCUUAGCCUUGGCCUUUUCGAAACCCUAAUCGCCAUCCCCAUCGCCAUCCUACGUGCCACCACCGCCUCCCUCCUCGACUCGCACGCCGCCUUCCUCCGCCUUCUCAGCUGCCGCUCCUCCUCAUCUCCUCCUCCACCACCACCAUCCGGUCGUGGUUGUCAUAAGACACGUGUUGGUUUCUCCAAGCUUAUGCAAUGGCUUGUCACUUUUGGCCUUUUUGUUAUUGUUUAUGAGAGAAUAGGGUUUUUCUCUAUCCCCGCUGUUACAGUUCCUUGCUUUAUAGCCUAUAUAACUGGUUUUGGAGUUGGAAUUAAGCCUGGCAUUGCAUCAACUCUCUCAAGAAUUUCAUCGGCUCGAAAAAACAGGAAAAAUUUUCAUAACAAUAGAAGCCUAUCAAAUUUUUGCAAGUUAGAUCAAUAUAUAACUUCAAUGUUGUUUAAUAGAUUGAAUACAAUGGUUGGGAUUGGACUUAUUUUGUUUAUGAUUGUAGGGUCUAUAUUAGGAUUUAUUUUCUUCUCCUAUAAAAUUGCAAUUGAAGGGAAAGAAGCAGUUAUUUCUUUGAAGAUUCAUUUGGAAGAGAAUAAUUAUGGUAAGAUAAUUGGGAUUAACAAAUGGAUGGAUGAGAAUCAAAUCCCUGAAUUGAUUGAUAGCUAUAUGUCAAAAUUUUAUGAAACUUUGUCACAAAAUGUUGAUUCUUGGGCUGUUCAUUACAAUCUGACAGAGGUUGUUGAUGGUUUUAAGCAGUAUUUUGUGCAAAACUCGGUACUUUCAAACCUUCCUGAUGAAAAAGUCUACUUCAGAAGGCCUUUGUAUGAGACCCUUUAUAGCAUGCAAUCGAAGGUAAGAAAUAGAGAAUGGAAAGUGAUUUAUAGUGACAUCAAUGGUGCGUGCAGGAAAUUCAUGUCCUUGAUAGGUAAUGAGGAUUUGUUGGAGAAGAUUAAAGCAUUUCUGCUUCAGAGUUUGGAUGUCUCGAAAAGGGUACUUUUUAGUUGUUCAAUGGUGUUAGCUAGUGGUGUAAAUCUAUUGUUCUUUGUGGCCAUACUGAUUGUUUCUGGAGCAGCUGGAUUGGUGAAUUUUAUAUUUGAAUUGAUGGUGUUUUUGUGGCUUUUGUAUUAUCUGAUCACUUCAGAUUCCGGAGGAGUUAUGGAUCAUGUUUUAGGGAUGUUACCUGUUUCAAGAUCCACCAGGAAUAGAUGUGCCCAAGUUCUUGAUCAUGCUGUUAGCAGUGUAUUGCUAGCUACUGCCAAGCUCACAUUGUUCCAGGGUUGUUUCACAUACCUUUUAUUCAGAUUCUACCGGAUCCAUUUUCUUUACAUGUCUACAUUUCUAGCUCUUUUGAGCGCUCUUUUACCUAUAACUCCAGCUUGGAUUUCAUCGAUACCGGCAGCAGUCGAGCUAGCCAUGGAAUCAAGAUACCUUGAAGCUAUUCUACUGACAGCAGUUCAUCUGAUACUAUUGGAUUAUGGAACCAUGGCUAUCCGAGAUGAGAUUCCAGGACAUAAUGCUUACUUGACAGGUCUUAGCAUAUUUGGUGGCAUUGCAUUUUUUCCCCUCUAUAUUGGAAGUAAUACCUCUUUCUUCAUAUGCUGUGUUUCAAUAAUCUAUCGUGAUUUCUGGGGUCUUUAUAAGUAUUUUUAUCAUCUUUUCACCAUCUUUAUGAACCAUAAUUUGGUGGUUGUAUGUCAAUUACAGGGAGCAAUUAUGGGUCCUCUAGUGAUGACAGUGAUCAUUGCUCUGAAGAAUCUUUAUGUCGAAUUUGUUCUUGCUUUUGCUGCUGAAAACAGUCACUAA